AUGACAGAAAAAAGCAAUAUUAUUAAAGAUUAUACAUAUUUUUUAAGUAAAAGAGGUAAAUUAAAAGAAGCAUCCCCAAUUAGAAGUUUAUUUCAAUAUUCAAGUCUACCUGGUAUGAUUAGUUUAGGUGGUGGAUUACCAAAUGCAUCAACAUUUCCAUUUAAAUCAAUUAAUAUUGAAUUAAAAGAUGGAUCUAAAUUAGAGAUAGAAGGUAGUGAUUUAGAAGAAGCAUUUCAAUAUUCACCAACACCAGGUUUACCAAGAUUACAAAAAGCAUUGAAAGAUUUACAAAUUAGACAACAUAAUCUUUGCCCACCAGAUGAAGCAGGUAAAGAAUGGAAUUUAAUCAUAUCAAAUGGUUCACAAGAAUCAUUAGCAAACGCAUUUGAAGUUUUAAUUGAUGAUAAUGAUUCAAUAAUUACAGAAAAUCCAACUUAUUCUGGUACAUUAUCAAUUUUAAAACCAUUAUCAUUAAAUAUCUGUGGUAUUGAAACAGACAGAUAUGGUAUGAUACCAGAGAAAUUACAAAGAUUAUUAAGUGAAUGGGACCAUAGUAAAUUUAAAUUUCCACGUGUUAUCUAUUUAAUACCAUGUGGUCAAAAUCCAUCAGGUACAACAAUGAAUCAUCAAAGAAAACUAGACAUUUAUUCAAUUUGUUCAAAAUAUAAUUUAUUAAUUAUUGAAGAUGAUCCAUAUUAUUAUUUACAAUUUGAAAGUAGUGAAAAUGCUGAUGAUGAUGAUGGUGCAAGUUGUAGUAGUUUGAAUUUAGGUAAAUCAUUGUUAUCAAUGGAUGUCGAUGGUAGAGUUUUAAGAUUUGAUUCAUUAAGUAAAAUUUUAUCAAGUGGUUUGAGAAUUGGUUUUGUUACUGGUAAUAAACAAUUACUUGAGAAAAUUAAUUUUCAUCAACAAUCUACAACUUUACAUUCGAGUGGUUUAAGUCAAGCUGUAGUUUUAUCAUUAUUAAAUAAAUGGGGCGUAGAGAAAUGGAAUCAACAUAUCUCAUUCAUUCAAAGAUUUUAUUUGGAAAAGCGUAAUCAAAUGAUUGAUUCGAUCGAUAAACAUCUAAAAGGUUUGGUUGAAUUUAAUAUUCCUUCAGCUGGAAUGUUCAUUUGGUUUAAAUUGCCUGUUGAAGAUAGUAAAACUUUAAUCUUUAAAAAUGCCGUUGAAAAAAAGAUACUACUAGUACCUGGUAUCUCUUUCUCUACAGAUUCAACUAAACCCUCUCAAUUUGUGCGUGCUUCUUACUCUACCGCUUCAAAAGAACAAAUAGAUGAAGCUAUAAAACGUUUUGCUGAUUUAUUAAAUGAAGAAUUAAAAAAAUAA